CAUUUUGGAGGAAGAAAAGCACUUUUAUUAAGAAUUUCAUCAAACAAGGGUUUUUCAGGAUGAUUUUAUUAUACCAAAUGGUACACUUCAUUUUAUUUGCGUCAGUUUCUGGUGAAUGUGUGACUAAGCUGUUCAAAGAUACCUGCGUUCAAGGAGGUGAUGUUGCUGCUGUGUUUACGCCCAGCGCUGAGCACUGUCAGGUUGUCUGCACGCAUCACCCACAGUGUUUGCUCUUCACUUUUAUGGCUGAAUCAUCAUUUGAAGAUCCUGCCAAAUGGUUUACUUGCCUCCUGAAAGACAGUGUGACAGAAACACUGCCAAGAGUAAAUGUGACAGGAGCAAUUUCUGGCUACUCUUUCAAGCAAUGCUCACACCAAAUAAGCGCUUGCAACAAACAAGUUUACGGGGACCUGGACAUGAAGGGCAUGAACUAUCACAGGUCUGUCACCGCGAGCGCUCGCGCGUGCCAGGUGAAGUGCACGGACGACCUGCACUGCCACUUUUUCACCUACGCCUCGGGGUCGUUUCCCAGCAGCGAUCACCGUAACGUUUGUCUCUUGAAAUACACCCAAACGGGGAUGCCAACCAGGCUAACGAAGCUCCACAAAGUGGUGUCUGGAUUUUCGCUGAAGCCCUGCGCGCUUUCUAAACUGGCAAAAUUGAGGGGACGGUAUAGAGAUUUCCCCAGCACAGCGUUUGCGGACAGUACCGUCGACAGCGUCAUGGCUCCAGACGCUUUCGUCUGUCGCAGCAUUUGUACUGACCAUCCCAAUUGUUUAUUUUUUACCUUCUUUUCUCGAGAGUGGCCGGAGGAAUCUGAAAGAAAUCUUUGUCUCCUGAAAACGUCUAGGAGCGGUAUACCAAGUAGACGCAUUAAAAAGAACAAAGCUCUCUCUGGGUUCAGUCUACAAAGCUGCAGGCACAGUGUCCCCGUGUUCUGUCACCCUUCGUUCUACCACGACACAGACUUCUUGGGAGAAGAGCUGGACAUCGUUGACGUAAAAGGGCACGAGGCGUGCCAGAACACGUGUACCGACACCAUCCGCUGCCAAUUUUUCACCUAUUCUCCAUCUCAAGAAUCCUGCAAUGGAGGCUUGGGUAAAUGUUACUUAAAACUUUCUUCAAAUGGCUCUCCAACUAAAAUACUUCACGGGAGAGGAGGUGUCUCUGGAUAUACGUUAAGGUUAUGUAAGAUGGAUAAUGCAUGUAAAACCAAAAUCAAGUCCAGAAUUGUUGGAGGAACGGCGUCUGUUCCUGGUGAGUGGCCAUGGCAGGUAGCUUUGCACAUCACCGCACCCACUCAGCGACACCUGUGUGGAGGCUCCAUCAUCGGAAACCGGUGGAUACUGACAGCUGCCCAUUGUCUCAGCGGGAUAGAGUCACCUCAAAUUUUGCGUGUCUAUGGUGGUAUUUUAAAUCAAUUGGAAAUAAAAGAGGAUACAUCUUUCUUUGGGGUUAAAGAAAUAAUCAUUCAUGAUCAAUAUAAAACAGCAGAGAGUGGGUAUGACGUUGCCUUGUUGAAACUGCAAACAGCUAUGAAUUACACGGAUCUUCAACGGCCCAUAUGCCUGCCUUCCCAAGGAGACAGAGAUGUAAUAUAUACUGAUUGCUGGGUGACGGGAUGGGGCUACAGAAAAUUUAGAGACAAAAUACAAAAUACUCUCCAGAAAGUCAAGGUCCCCUUGGUGACAAACAAAGAAUGCCAAGCAGGCUACGAGGGGCAGAGAAUAACCAGUAAGAUGAUCUGUGCAGGCUACCAAGAAGGAGGGAAGGAGGCUUGUAAGGGAGACUCGGGGGGCCCCCUGUCCUGCAAACACAACGAGGUCUGGCACCUGGUGGGCAUCACGAGCUGGGGCGAAGGCUGUGCUCAGGCGGAGCGGCCCGGCGUCUACACCAGCGUGGUCGAGCAUGUGGACUGGAUUUUGGAAAAAACUCAGGCAGAGUGAACGACUUCCCAGGUGCCAUUUGGCUCCCUGAGGGGCAAACCCGAUCUCUCCCUGGCAGAGAGUGUCGAUGUCACUGAGGAAGGCACUGGGCCACCGUUUUCCUCCACAGGGGACGAU